AUGCCUCCCAUUCGCCACGCCUCCAAGCGCAAGCCGCCUCCAGACGGCUUCAGCGACCUCGAAGACCAGCUCUUGAUUUUCCAGAAUAAGAUGAAGGACGCGCAGAACAAGCCCCCACCGACGGGCCCGAAACAUCAGGCGCAAUGGGAGAUCUUCCAAAUCUCGCAUCAACGGAGUCGAUACAUUUACGACUUGUACUACGAGAAGGAGGCUAUCAGCAAGCAGCUCUACGACUGGCUUCUCAAGAACGGAUACGCUGAUGCGAUGUUAAUUGCGAAGUGGAAGAAGCAAGGAUAUGAAAAGCUCUGCUGCCUCCGCUGUGUCCAGACGAAAGAGACCAACUUUAACUCGACUUGCGUUUGUCGCGUGCCGAAGGCGACCCUCAAAGACGACCAGGAGGUUCAGUGUGUCAGCUGCGGGUGCCGAGGUUGCGCCUCAAGCGAUUAGGCGCGACGACACGAUGAUUACCUCGAUUUUCCCCCCACGGGUUAUUUGGGUUGGCGUUUGGCGACUGGCGCAUGCUUUGGGACCCCCUCCGAGACGAGGCGAAAUGGAGGAAUGGACAUUUGCAAGAGGUAGUGGUCCUUCAAAUUGACCUUCAAGAUCAUCAAGGC